AUGUCCAGGAAACGAAGAAUAAAAUGUGAUGAAGGGAAACCAGCUUGUGUACAAUGCACUUCCUCACUUCGUCGAUGCGAGGGAUACCAACCCCUUCAAGCAUGGCUCUUCAAGCCCCGAGCACCCAGCCCGAAGAGAGCCACUACCAGCACCGCUCUCACCGUCGCCGGCAACAGGGUUUCCCCUCUAGUCCAUUCUGUUUCUUCUCUUGCCUCAGUGGGCGACCACAAAGACAAACGAUCCUUUCAAUUCUGGGUUGAGCAAGCUGCCCCCGUCUUCUCAUGUUACUUCGGCCAUUCUUUCUGGACUCAGAUGCUGCCUAAACUUGGUCUCGACGCAUCCCGCCCGGCCGUCCAGCAUAUGCUCCUUGCCACUUCAUCUCUGGUCGAGAGCACCACGCUUGACGGUGUUGCGCUUGACGAAAACCUGGUGUUUCAAAGUCACUACAUGAAAGCAAUUCAAGAAACAGCAGCCUCUCCACAGACAGAAACAGUCUUGAUGGCUUGCCUCUUAUUCGCUUGCUGCGAGUUCGUGCAAGGUUCCAUUCUUGCUGGUCUACACCACAUUCACGCCGGUCUCAACAUCAUUCAUGAGUGGGCUACCUCCAAUAACGAGACCAAGGAGUCUACCUUAAUUAUAGACACGAUCACUCCUAUUUUCCUAGCUUAUAUCGAUAAAGCACCAACCUAUGGUAUGGGAGAUGUCACAACUUGCACUGCACAAUGCGCACAGUUGGUACGUCCAAAUCUGGAGCUACCUGUUAUCGGUCACAUUGGAUCGCUUCGCUAUGCUCAAUGUGCCCUAGAUGGAAUUGGGCAUCACGUUGCCCGCCUGGCCGACUGGCGCCGCUCAGCUCUGGUUGCCUCUCCGCCACAUAAAGUGAAGGAGCUUCUUGCCGACUGGUGGAAUCAGUUCCAGCAAUUUGAGGCCAAAAUGCCGGAAACCCAUCGUCAACGGUACUCUCUAUCCCUCCAGCUGUUAAGCAUCUCUCAUACCUUGCUUUCCAUCAUGGCCAAGGCAUCUGGGAGUCCAGGCGAGAGCGUCUAUCGAGAUUUUGACAAAGAAUUUGCAUGGAUUGUCACCAAGUUCGAUCGUCUCGCUCGCACAUGGGCAAAAGACCCUUCAAGCAAAUUCAUCUCUGGCCGGGACCAUCUCGAACGCCAUGCGGGCUAUAUUGCACCGCUGUUCUUCACAGCCGUCAAAUGUCGGAAUCCUCAGAUUCGUACGGCUGCUUUGCGGCAUCUUCUCAAUCUGAGAGUAGCGGAAAACAACUGGACAUCAUGCACGGCGUACCGGAUGGCGCGCAAAAUCAUGGAGAUCGAGCACAGCCGUGCAAUUUCAAAGCCGCGCAUCUGCCCAGGGACACAGCCAAUGCAUGAAGAACACUUGAUCCGACCCGUCGAGGCAUCCAUUUCAAAUAAGAAGCAAACUGAAGCUGCGUUGGAGUAUGCAUCCCAUCCUUACAGCGCCAGUAAUGCCACGUGCGAGGAACAUCCAACAAUAUUACUACGAGCAACCAUAGAUCUGAAGUCUUGUCCUACAGCGUCCAAGGCUUAUUGGCCUCUGAGUAGAGUUCUACGCAUCGGAGGCUAUCAAUCUGGAGCGAUCAAACCUCUUCCAACCGGCUGUGAGUGCGGGAAAGCCUCACAACAGAAGGGUCUAUUGUUAUUGAAGUCGAAGCCUCUGUAG